CAGCUGGAGGCACGCUGGUUGGGAAACUCCAAUCUAGGCAUUGGUUUCAAAUCCAACAGUUGCAAAAUUAUAACACUUGUGGCUGUCUGUGCAUGCUGGGAGUUGUAGUUGCAACAGACACAGUUGGGAGACUCUGGUGUUCAGGGGGGUGCCCCAUAGAUGCGGCUCCCAUGCUCGUCUCCCCCAUUCACAUCUAUGGACUGUAAUGGAAGUGUCCUUGAGGUGUCCUCGCUGGUUAGGUCCCACCUCAGGAACCCACACCUAUGUGGAAAAUGCAGUGACAGAGCAUCAUUUCCAUAUCACACUGGAGCAAAGACCCAGCCCCUCGUCCCCACAGUGUCCUGAUAUGAAUGGAUAUAUCUACUACAUACACAUGAAGUAUGACCACAUCCCCGGACUACCAAGAGACAGCUUUUUCUUUGGGCAUUUACCUUCCAUGCUGAGGGUCAUUGAAAACAAUGGACUAGUACAUGAUCUCUUUCUGGAAUGGUUUAUGGGUAAUGGUCUCGUGACAGACCAAGACAACGAUCAUUGGAGUAUGCAAAGGAAAGUGAUAGAUCCUUCUUUUAAGAAAGAUUGCCUGAUAGAAUUUAUGGAGACUUUCAAUGAAAAAGCAGAAGAGCUGGAGGAACAACUGUCUUGUCAUAUAGAUAGAGAAUGUCAGGUUGCAAUGCACGAAAUGUUGAGAAGAGUCACACUGAAUGUAAUUGCCAAGGUUUAUGGGUAA